AUGGCAGCUAUUGGAAUCCCCAACGCAGCUCCACAGCAGACACUAAACAUUAGUGUAACCCAGGCUCGGACCAACGGUCGAAACUCUGCCUCUUCAGUUGGCUACGCCAGCGAAAGGGUUACUCUCCAGACAUCGACUGCCUUGGGAAAUGGAGGCUGGAACAACAACAUCUGGUCACGCACACCAAUCACUGGUAUUUCCAGCACCAUGGUGGAGAGUGUACAUCCAAAAGCGGCUACUACCGCUGGCGGUGAUGCGGUGACUGGAUCCCGUUCUCUUCUGCCUUCAUCAGAGGCCGAGGGUUGGGCUGGUCAGUCGCUCCCUUGGAAUUGUUCCCCUAGCUCCAGUUCCCAUGCAUCUUCCGUCAAUCCAGGAGGCAACACUCCCCCAGGGCAUUCUGCCACUGUCAACUCCAUCAGUCGGAGUGAAGCUUUCUCUUAUUUGCCAGCCUCUCAAUCAUCUACUUCCAAUACCCGGGUUCCAAACUGGGGCCACUACCACACGUCCUCAGGGUCUACUCCGUCAUCGGCCACUGCGUUUGACAACAGUGUCGGAAGAAGCAGUCAGCAUGCCUCUAUCAACAUGAUCACUAACGGAAAUGGUACCCACAAUGGAUUGCCGGGUCAGGAAACCCCAGUGAACCCAUUUGACCAUAACAACACCCUCCCCUUCAGAGAAGCCCCUCGACCAAACGACCAAGCUUCCUACUUUCCUCCUACAUCAACCAUGAGUUUGGCUUCCAUGACACCCUCAUCGAGUCAUUUUGGAACUGGCACCCCACGCCAUUCGAUAUCUACUGGCCAUGGCAGACCUAGCUUAGCAGAAGAUGAGCUGGCAGCUGCUCUUUCCAAGAUCGACGUCAAUGUUGCUGGUGCGCUAGCUGAACACCGGCAGCAAGCCCUACCUCCAAGACCGUCAUUCCAGCAACGUGCAUCUUAUGACGCUGUAUUGUCCCGCGCCAACUAUGUCAUGGACGCAGAAGAGACCCAUCCCCAGUACGCAACGUAUUCGCGGAACCUCUCCUCUCCUUCUGUUACUCUGCCUUCUCUCAUCAGAAGACAAGAACGCGCCCAUCGGUCCCUUGAACAACAACGCAACUCCAUCCCUGGUUACUACUCCAGCGUCGAUGGCCAAAUCCAAGAACCUAUGAGCCAGGGGAUGUACUCCCCCAGAUUCCGUUAUCCUACAAAUGACCGCGUCCAGAGUCCGGAGGAGCAAGCUGAGAUAUUGGCUCAGGGACUGCGCGCUAUCCAGCAGCAACAACAUGAGCAGGCAUACCCCUCAGUCCCCAUGAGUCAACUUCCCGGCGGCAUUCACUUGCCCCCUGGCUAUAGAUACGCCACAUUCCAACCCGCCCAGCCUAACGGUGUGCAUCCUGUCCAAUUACCCGUCUAUCCAAUUACCGGAUUCGGUCCUGUAUCGCCAUCUCUGGUUCAGAAGCCUUCAACUUCGGACCAGGACUCUAACCAGGCAACUCGCAGUCCAGUUUUACAGGAGUUUAGGGCAAACAACAAAGGUAACAAACGCUAUGAACUAAAAGAUAUCUACGGUCACAUCGUCGAGUUCUGUGGAGAUCAGCACGGCUCUCGCUUCAUUCAACUGAAACUCGAAACUGCAAACAGUGAUGAAAAGGAGCGGGUAUUCCAAGAAAUCCGACCAAAUGCCGUACAGCUCAUGAUGGAUCUAUUUGGCAAUUAUGUCAUCCAGAAACUCUUUGAGCAUGGCAACCAAGCUCAGAAGCGUCUUCUUGCACAGCAGAUGCAGGGUCAUAUUUACUCUCUGUCCGUUCAAACAUAUGGAUGCCGCACCGUUCAAAAGGCACUCGAACACGUCCUCGUCGAACAACAGGCCACGAUGGUCAAGGAACUCGAAGACAGCGUGAUGAAAUGUGUCACAAACCAAAAUGGCAACCAUGUCAUCCAGAAGGCUAUCGAGCGCGUUCCUAAUGAGCAUAUUCGAUUCAUCAUUGAUGAGUUCCGUGGCCAAAUCCCACGCUAUGCUACCCAUACUUAUGGGUGUCGGGUAAUCCAGCGUAUGCUAGAGCACUGUCCUUUGGCGGACCGUCUAUCCAUACUUGCUGAAAUUCAUGCUUGCACCCCCAGUCUCAUUUCGGAUCAAUAUGGCAAUUAUGUCAUCCAGCACAUCAUUGAGUUCGGAGAGGAAGCAGACAAGAAUAAGAUCAUCUCCAUCGUUCUUGGACAAGCAGUUCAUUUCUCCAAACACAAGUUUGCUAGCAACGUGGUAGAAAAGAGCAUUACUUUUGGCACAUUGGAACAACGUCUGGGCAUCACCCGAAUUCUGUCCGCGGUCAAUGAAAAGGGAGAAGGCCCUCUGCUGGGUCUUAUGCGAGACCAAUAUGGCAACUAUGUCAUCCAAAAAUCCUUGAGCGUUUUGGAAGGUUCGGAUUACAAAAUGCUUGUUAGCCGAAUUAUGCCAUUGAUGCCACUACUAAAGAAAUGCAGCUAUGGCAAACAAAUUGCUGGGAUUGAAGGGCAUCUUCACAAAUAUGGGCGCCCAACAUCUUCAUCUCCGUCUUCCCCUGUGGACAGCAACAAAGCACUUGACCUAGAUGUUGACAACAACGUGAAUGGCCUAACAUAUACCCGCGAUAAUAGCCCUAUCUACGAUUUAUCACCUGUUACCGCUGAUAGGAGCUCUAUUCCAAGUGCAAACACUAGUGUACUGGAAGAAUGUCAACAUGAACUGACGAAAGAGGAUGGCGGUGCCAUUCUUAAGCCAGCUGUCGUAUAA